UUCACGGGGAGGUCGAGGGGAGCUGAGAUAGGUGGGAGAAGAAGAUGGAGGCCACCCUUCUGAGCGAAUUCAUACAGCUUAUCUUGCCGAAGCUCUCGUCUUUGGCAUUCGCGAAGUACAAGCUGCACAGAUCCAUCAAGGACGACAUCAGGUUUCUGGAGAAAGAGCUUCGCAUGAUCCAUGGCGCAAUCGAUGAUCAUCAGCUCCCCACGUGGAAAGUGGACAAAGGAUGCGUGCUCAGCCUUUCAAUUGAAGAGCUGCGGGAGGUGGCUCACCACAUCGAAGACUGCAUCGAUCGCUUCAUCUAUCAAGCGGCCUGCGAGCAGGACGCGUUGUUGCUCCGCCGCGUUGUCCGCUACCCAAGGGACAUGCAGUCCCGCCAGCGGUUAGCCGCCGAGCUGCACCUUCUGAAGAAGACAACGGAGGAAGCGCACCUGCGGAAAGAAAGGUACUCGGUCUUCGCUGGUCAGUCCUCCCCGAUGCCGGCAGAGGAGUCGGCCUACUCCUGCUCAUCUGAUCCACGCAUCCUCGACACGGAUCUCGUGGGCAUCGACAUUCCCCGUAAGGAGCUCCUGGAGCAACUGCAGGAGGGCCAACAGAAGCAGCUGAAGGUGAUCUCCAUUGUCGGGUCCGGUGGCUCAGGGAAGACCGUUCUUGCCAGAGAGGUGUACAACAGCGAUGGUGGCCAGCGAUUCAGUUUGCGGGCAUGGGUAUCUGCUGCGGACAGGUCCCCAAGCCAAGUGCUCCUGGAGAUACUCCAGGAGCUUGGUAGGCCGGUAUCGGAUAACUCCGAUGUUGGCUCGCUUUCUGCAGACCUCAGAGAACACUUGCAUAAGAAGAGGUAUUUCAUUGUGAUCGACGAUAUGCGAACAGAUCACUGGGGUGCCAUGGAAUCUGCCUUCAAAGCAGAUAAUGGUGUAAGCAGUAGAGUAAUGGUGACGACCACUGUGCAUUCAGUAGCUAAUGCUUGCAGCUCUGGGAACGGCUAUGUGCACAAAGUAAGAAGACUUGGUAAGAAGCACUCAAAACAAUUGUUCUUCAAGAAAGCUUGUCCAAAGGAAUAUUCAGGUUACAUGGAACCAGAUUCAGCAGCAGCUCUGAAGAAAUGUGAUGGCCAACCACUUGCUAUUGUUAGCAUGAGCCAGUUCUUCCGGAAAAUGGGUUGGCCGACACGAUCCAGCUGCCAAAAACUGUGCAGGCAGCUAGGCCGUCAUCUGGAGAAGGACGAGACCUUAGAAAGGAUGCGACGGGUGCUUACCCAUAGCUACGCCAGUCUGAAAGGCCAUGCCCCCAAGGCUUGCUUGCUGUACUUUGGCCUGUUCCCGAGUGAUCGUCUGGUCAGGAGGAAGAGUCUGAUGAGGCGGUGGUUAGCUGAGGGAUUUGUGCACACAGAAUCUUCAUCUUGUGAAAACUUUGACAUGCUCCUGGAUCGGAACAUCAUUGAGCCCAUCGAUGUAGGCAGCAACAACGAGGUGAAGACAUGCCGAACUUAUGGCAUGAUGCGUGAGUUCAUCUUGCACAUGUCCACUUCCCAGAACUUAAACACCUUGUUUUGCAAUGGGGCUGUCGGGCGCAAAUAUGUCCGCCGGCUUUCCCUACAUCCCAAUACUCCUAGAAUUAGCACUAGUUUGGACAUUGAUUUGUCACUUGUAAGGUCCCUUACAGUCUUUGGGGAGGCUGGUGAUGCUAAUUUUGAUCUCCACAAGUAUCAACUGCUGAGAGUCCUAGGUCUUGAAGAAUGUACCUACUUGGGAGAUGAUCAUCUCAAACACAUAUGCAACCUGCUGCUUCUGAAAUAUCUGGGCCUUGGGAGUGCUUUUACGAGCCUUCCAAAGGGGAUUGAAAAACUUAAACUUUUGGAGACACUCGAUCUAAGGAGAACCAAGGUGGAGGUACUUCCCAUAGAAGUCAUCCUGCUACCCUCAUUAAUUCAUCUCUUUGGGAAGUUCAAAAUUUCAGACAAAGUAAAGAGAACGAGUGAACUGCAGAACUUUUUGUUGUCAGGACAAUGCAACUUGGAGACACUAGCAGGAUUUGUCACUGAUCAAAGCCAAGGAUUUCCACAAAUCCUGAGUCACAUGAAAAAACUGAGGAAGGUGAAGAUAUGGUGUGAGAGAACUGCAAGUAGCACUAACUUGUCUGAUCUUGAGCUUGCCAUUCAAAAGUUCAUUCAUGAUGAAAAGGAGGAGACCCAUGAGUCCCGUUCUCUUUCACUUCACUUCGAUGAACACUGUUCCGAAGACAUCCUGAAUUCCUUAAAAGAACCCUGUUAUCUUACAUCACUGAAAAUAACCAGCAAGUUGCUUGAAUUGCCACGGUUUGUGAAAGCACUGCGUGAUCUCAGAGAACUGUGUCUUUCAUCAACAAAACUUACAGCCGUUCUACUUGCAGCUUUGACCGAGUUGAGAUCCUUGAAAUAUCUCAAGCUGAUUGCAGAUCAUCUUGAGGAGUUCAUUAUUAAAGAUCAGGCAUUUCCAAGACUGCUGCACCUAUGUUUCGUACUGCAAUGCCCCACAUUACCAAAAAUUGAGGAAGGAGCUUUGCCGUAUCUCAUGUCACUUCAGUUGAUCUGUAAAGACCUAGUUGGUCUUGCCGACAUGAAAAUUGAACACCUCCGGUGUCUUAAGGAAGUCACUCUUGAUCAGAAAGUCACUCUAGAGACGAGAGAAGCUUGGGAAAAGGCUGCUAAGGAGCAUCCAAACAGACCAAAAGUUUUGCUGUUCAAGACAAUUGAUCCAACGGAAAGUGAGCAUACAGACCAUUCUGUUGAUUCAGAACCAGAGGAACAUGAGAUAGUAGAAGCUUCUGUAGACCUAGAGGAGCCAGAACAAGUUUUUGACAGUCAAAUGCUAGUCAAUAAGGGAUCAGGAUCCUAUGCCAUGACUAAGAAACGGAAGUAUUCUGCAGUCCAGUCAAGUUCAAACGGUGAAGCGAGUUCUUCUUUCGAUGAUAUGGGAACGGCUCGGUGCCUUCUUGUACCCAUUGAUCCUGGUCUAUGAUGCAGGUUAGUUUUGUUCAUCUAUCGCUCCUCUGUUCUACUUCUUCUGUUCAGUCGUUUUACCUGUCCAGGGACAUCUAAUAUAGAAAUUUAGUUUGAGGAUGGGAUAUCCCAGAAUUACUUCAACAAUGGUCUUAAUCUCUCUUCUGGUUUGAUGAAUGAGGAAUAUGUUCAUGACAUAGAAA